AUGAGAGAUCGCCUCCAAGAGCUUAAACUGAGAGCUAAGGAACUCCAGAUAGCUGGAGAAAACAAUGGUGCAACUGUAGAAGAACAGGAGGAGUUUGAACAGCAGGCCAUUAUUUAUGAAAAAGAGCCCAUUACUGAAAGGCACUUGCAUGAAAUCCAGAAGCUUCAGAAUGAAAUUAAUAAUUUGGUGGAGGAAGUUCAUAAAUUCAGUCAACAACAAAAAAGCCUCGUAUCUUCAAUGAGAAGAUUCAGUGUUCUGAAAAAGGAAUCUAACAUAGCAAGAGAAAUAAAAAUUCAAGCAGAGCACAUACGAAAGUGUUUGGAUGAACUGUCAAAAACAGUGAAAAAAGCUGAAAAUGAACAUGGGCCAUCACGUGCCACAGUAAGAAUUCUAGCUUCCCAGCACGCUUUCUUAUCCCGGCGUUACCUCAAUGCUAUGCUUUCAUACAACGACGCUAUAACUGCUAAGCAAGAGAAAUGCAGAACAUUUAUUGUCCGUCAGCUUGAAGUAGCUGGUAAAGAUGUAUCUGAGGAAGAAGUCAAUGACAUGCUCCAACAAGGAAAAUGGGAAAUUUUCAAUGAAAAUCUACUCACUGAAGUAAAAAUUACCAAAGCUCAGCUUUCAGAGAUUGAACAGAGACACAAAGAACUAGUCAAUCUGGAGAACCAAAUCAAAGACUUAAAGGAACUUUUUAUACAGGUAUCAGUUCUAGUGGAGGAGCAAGGGGAGAUGAUGAACAACAUUGAAAUCAGCAUGAACAAUACUCAAGAAUACACUCAAGUAUCUAAAGAAAAAUUCGGGCUUGCAGUCAAGUAUCGAAAAAGGCACCCUUGCAAAGCAAUAUGCUGCUGGUGUUGUCCAUGCUGCAAAUAA